AUGAGCAUACGAAGCCAUUGUUCCUCUAUUCUACUUACCAAUAGGGAUUUCUCGAGGAAUUCCGCAGAACUGAAAGGUUAUUUAAGAAUAUAUAUUAGUGACACAAACUUGUCCUUCUUCUUAACUGGAUUUUAUUUUAAGUAACACUCAAAAUAGCUGAUGAAAGCAGUAAGUGUGUUAGAAUUAAGGUUCGCCUUGACCUUUAUGUGGGAUGUGAAAAGAGCUAAUCCAUUUAAUUAAAUAAUACAAAGAGACCAGCUAGACCAGAGAGAAACAUUUCUUUGACGUUGUCUCGGUAUGACUCCAGUUUUUUAUGUGCUUUAAGUAGUUUAUCCAAAUAUGUUUCUUCCUUGCGUACUACCGCCUUAUCUAAGGGCUAUCCACUUUUCUGCGCUGCGACAACUUGGGUAUGAUGAAACAAUCUUUCUUGUGUUUAUAUCAAUAAAAUACUCUGAGUAUUUGGCAUGUCACCGAAUUUAAAUUCUAAUGGCCAUCUUACGAUUCCUACAAAUGAUACGUCAGUUACAUUGAUAAAAUGUUACAAUAACUACUCUCCUAACUCUCGGAAAUGACUACCUGUAUUUUCGAAUCCCCCAUAAUACAUUCUGUUCCUCUCCCCUCUCUGUUUUCUUAAGCUGUUCACUGUUUUUAGAACUGAAAAAGCAUUUAAUAAUUUCGAAUGACGGUCAAACUACAUUUCGCCCUAUGUAAGUAGCGGAUUCGUUUUCCGGAAUCCGGGAAAAUUUGUUUGUGGAAUCCUGAAUCACAUGGGUUGUGGAACCGGGAAUACAGCUCAAGGAAUACGGAAUCUUACUAACGAUUGGAAUCCAGCAUCCAAGCUCCACUGCCAAAGGCUGGAAUCCAUGCAGUACCUGAUGAGGCUAGACUCUUGACACCCGCUUAGUGUCAAUAGAUUAAGUUAUCAGUUUCACCGCCUCACUUAAAUCGGUCUUCUUUUUAAUUUUUAAAACUUCCAUUCAAUAUUACUAAAGUUUAAAAUCUAAGUUUUAGCAGCUGAGGGUGCAGACGAGUAUCAGAAGUUGGCUUCUCAUGGCUUACUCCCUGUUCGUGAUACGCCGGUUAUUUAAAUUUUGUAUGCGACCUCUUGAAAUUAAAAUAAUAUUAUACUAGCAACUUCGUUCGCGUGUAAUUAAGAUGGUUACCGCAUUGGCUUCCACGCAAGUGAGUUCGCCUUCUCGUAGGCCGUACAUGAAAAUACUAAAUAGGUUUCGUUCAUUAUAUGUUGGUCCAGUAAGUUUUGUGGCGUGCAUUUAGUUACGUAAUAUGUAGGAGAUACAGCAGGUAUGAGCGACUAUUCCGCAGAAGUCGAUAUAUGUUAAAUGCAUCACAUUGACAAUUAAGUUAUUCAAACCAACUACAGUCAGUUUUUAUAAAUUUAAAAAAGGCAUUUGAUGUCUACGGACAUUCGAUCGCCAUUUGAGGGAUCGACUGUUCAAGCUACAAAGCUAAUAUUAUCCCCCUAAACUCGUAAAUGCUAGGAGACGAUCUGAAGUUUGACGGUGAUUAUAAUUAGUUCAAGAGCGCUACCUAGGAAUGGAAGACAUGCUGUUGGAAUCAUCUUGUAUUGUCCUUCCAUUUUUUUUUAAUUCCAUGUAUUCUGUUACUAUGUAUUAACUGUGUCAGUUGUUGCCUUAGGGUAACCAUGUUACUACGUUGCCCGUAAUAGUCCCACUCACCUGUAAAAGACAGAUUUUCACGGAGAUCACCGUCCCUUUGGUCGAUUCGGAGUUUUCCAGCAGCAGUGUGGGUUCAUUUCAAUGUGUUGCGAGUGAUGAGGGUCCCUCCCAGAUUCCCUACCAAGCGUUCCUGGAUUUAAUUGAUGGAUGCCCGGAGGGGCUUCAUCUAGCUAAAGUGGCUAAUACAAUAGAGUUUUCAGAGAAAAUGUGCUGUUCUUUAGACACUUUAAAAACCUUAUAAUGAAUUUAAAAGCGAAAAAAGGGAACUUUGCACGUGAAUUAAAUGUUUAUUUUAUCGGCAAAAGUCUUUAUUGCUCUCCCGAUUAAGUGCCAGAGGCAAUCUUUCUUUCAGGAAGUCCAAGGUAAAGUACAGUUCCUAUUAACUUUUCAAUUAAUUCAAACCUUAUCUUUGUUCUGUCACGUUUUUCUCACAUUUAUUUUGACGAUCGCGCGUUUUAGAUCCAUUUAAAAGAAACCAUAAAUGGUUUAAUAACCACACCCUGGGGCAUGACUCAAUAGAAAUAAAUAAGUGCUUCACAGCAAAUACACAUGGCCAUGCACCUGUGGUAACAGUUUAAGGGAGGCAGAUAUAUUUCCUGAAAAAUAAGAGCGAGACUGAGUGUCCUAAAUUGCAGGCCGACAGUCUGAGGAGCGCAUGCGCGUAUGCCAAGCUUUCGUGAGAGAAUGGGGGGCUUUGGAAAAUCCAAAAUUUGGAUCUUAUUACGAUUUGUGUCAACAACCGAAACGACAAAUCCGUAAAAAGACUUUUAAGCAUAUCAUCAGUACAGAUGGAACCUGGCAAACGUCUCGUUUUUUACAUGAAGAACGCCUGUUAAUUGUAUAUGAUCUCGGAUCGGUACCGAGGGAAUUCGAAAUGCAAGGAUAGUAAAUUCUAAAAAUCAGUUUUUCAGUGAUGAAAUCCACUCGCAGUAUGGGUUUUUUGAAAAGUAUUUUCGAUUCGGAGUAGGGAUUGGAGUUUUGCUCAAGAGGUGCAUAAACGCGCCAGUAAAAGCUGGCGUCAAGUUGUGAGGUAAAAACUUGGGCCUGGGCGGGAAAACUUUGACUGGGACUCUGCGACAUGUGUAACGUAUUCUACAGACUACUAUCAACGUCUUACUUUAGAAAGCUGGUUUACUAACUUAGAACAAACUCCACUAAAUCGUAGCCAAAAGUUACCAGCACCGUACAAACGACUUAUUGAUGAGAUCAAGCAAAACAAACUACGAGAGAACGACUGGAGAACUGACAAUUUGACUAACAAUAGACGACUGUUUAACUGUGACAAUAGACGGAUCGAAACGCAUCAUUACUGAUUACGAGUCUUCAUAGCCAAUAACAUCACGGCUUAACUGACAGACGACCAAUAACAUUGCGAUGUAAUUGACCAAUCAGAUCAAUAACCAAAGUAUAAUACCAUUAACUGACGUGAUACAACUCACUUUGACUCUGAAGAUGACUACCGCACAGGUUGUCGAAACGUCAGUCACUGUCAACAACAACAGUCCUUUUCAGGACUACGUUCACCCGGACGAUCAAACUUAACCUACUUUUGAAAACUUUAUUCAUUUAUCCACCCUGAAAGGACGAGCGUAACUUCGUUCUCAGGGCUUUCUCUGUUGCUUCAAGACGAGAGAGAGAACUCUGGGAACGAGCUGUUGCUCAAUUGAGUUGCCGCUCUGACAUUGGUCAAUUCGGUUUUUAGUUUUAGAUGUGCGCGUUGUCUUUACUUGUGUCCCCUCGUCGUUACUUGCCUGAUCCUUAUUGAAAAUUAAAUGUGCGUAGGUCAUCACAGGCAACAUGAGCGGCGUCUUAAUGCAAGUUUCCAGCUUGCUUUAAAUUAACCAUCAUGGCAAUUAGCUAAGUUUUACGAUUUUGUUUGUCUUCCUGUUUUCUUUAAUGCCGCGAAAAAAGUGUACCUAAAGGCGGUGAUGACCUGCUGUUUAAAUGCUAAUAGUAGAGUCAUGACGGGAUCGUUUUAAGUUCAAACUCUGAAAAAGAAGGUAACGAUACUUUAUCAGUACUUCAUUUUCAAAGCACUGUCGUCAUUCUCUAUUUUCCAAUUGCCCAUAAUACACUCUGUUUGCCCCCCAAAUUCCGCAUAAACCAUUGUUUUUAAAUGCUCCUGGGAGUUUUGCAUUUUCCCAAGAGCAUUUUAAGACAACAAGUUAUGCAAAAUUUGGGGGGCAAACAGAGGGUAUUAUGGGCAAUUGGAAAAUAGUCAAUUCGGGUCGUUAUAUUUUUGUGUUCCGCAACAAAACGUGAUAUGUCUUAGAAUGAGUAUUGUUUCAUUUGAUUUUUUAAUAACCUAUUUGAACACCACGUUGUUUCACUUUCUCACAGUUGUAAAUGCGUAAUCGCUCUUCCAAAAUCAAAACAGUUUAAGGCACUCUCUAUUCCCGGUCAAGCCCGAAUUUUUCAGGUCCUUUAUCAACCACUUAAGUUGUUCAUUCUAAAGCGACGAAGUUUAUGUCCCCUUUAUUAAGACACUCUGUUGACCUAUGUAUCACCUCCAGUAACAAAAGAGAAAAUGGAUUGUGCCUCUCCAGACGUGGAUGCAUGGUACAUGAUUCUCAAUAAAGAUUUCAAGAGAGAAACGUGCUGAAAUGACGUCAUUCCCUUGGAUGUGACGCCAAUGCGUCAGGCUAAGUACCCAAUUAUGACUUAUUUGCACACAUGAGAAAUUUUCCCAUUUGGGACAACAUCUGAGCUAUUUUCAGCAUUUCGAGAAAAUUUAAGGCGAAGAGUGUUUUCUAUGAAAAUUUUAAACCAAAAGCUGUACGCUGCUCUAACGGCCUCUUCUUUAUUAUGCUAUUUUGUGAUCACACGUAAGAACCCGUUGAAAUAUUUUUCAGCAACAUAGAUUGUAAGAUCAUAACUUUUCACAGUUUGUGAGCACACGUGAGCGCUAUACAUUUCAGCGUACUUUGAGCGUUUUUAAGCCCUUUUUUGGCUUUUUUUUCGAAAAAAAAAUUGUGAUUUAACCACUUAAAAUUACCAAGGGAAUCGAAAUAUGGUCAACAACCUUGUGUCUGCCUGUCUAAGUUCUCUGACAGCCUCGGAUAUAGGAGGGUACAGGGGGGGCUCACUUUUGAUGAGCCAGUCCCCCUUCCUUCUCACCCUCAUCUCACAUGAAGAGCUGGAUCUAUUGCUUUACUAGUCUCGGAGAGAAAGAGCCUUCGCACAGUUGGAACGAAAGCAUAAUUAAAUAACAGAACAACAUAUCGAUGUUUGAGAAUGGAUUUCUGGAUUUCUGGAUUCCUUUUUCUAUUUUUAAAGGCCCUGCUAAGUAAAUACAGGAUAGAUCGAGAGGGAUAACCAACUUGUUCACUCCAGCAUAAGUUUACGAAUGAAAAAAUUCCUUUUGCAGCUUGUAUUUAAUUGAUGCCCAGGGGAAUACUCACCAUAAUGGCCUACUCACAGGGAGUCUCCGCCCUGAAUAGGGUUCCCUUUUCGGGCCCUCAGGUAUAAAGAAAAGUUACUGAGGAUUUUACCAGUCAAAACGCAUGAAAGAAUAGGGAAAUCUGUCAUUUCGGUAGUAAAAAUGCCCCAAAGCCCCACCGCCAAAAUUUUUUCCGAACUCGCAUAGGUGCCCGAGAAGGUACUGUUAGAAUUCUUGGUGGCUGCCGCCCGGUUCUCAGAAUCCUGACCCUAUUUCAGACGAAAAAAUGUCAUUUUUCACACCCGUUUUCAGAACUGGUCUCUAAGAAAUUAUGUCAUCAUUACUUAGGUUUAGAACAACGACAACAAAAAAGAUUUCUUAACUGAAAUCCAUUUGGAAUUCGCAUAUUUCUUUUUCUUUCUUCCUCUUUCGGAAUUGAAACGAUAAAGACGUCCAUACAAACUCUUACGUAGUUCUCUCGAAAACCAUACCCGAUUCCAGAUCAAAAUAGAGCCUAUACCCGUUUUCACGCCAAAACGGCUCCAAAACCAUGCCCUUUUGGGUGUCACAUACAUAUAUAUAGCUCAUAUAAGAGAGUAUACCCUCCUCCCUGCCCCGUCGGGCAAAAUUGAGCCUGCUUGCAGGCAGGAAUCAAGCUGAGUGAACAAGAAUUUCCGUUCCACUGCGGUCUCUAAGUGCAAUCAGAGUCAUCCCCAGUCUGGCCCAGCUGAUACGAUGUAUGGCUUGUACAUGUCGUGAGAUCUCGGCUGUGUUGAGGAAAUAAUUCAUUACGGGUUGUGUAAUUUGCUUUUCCUAGUGUAUCGCUGUCGAACUCAAACUUAUAUUUAACGGGUGGUGAUCGCUUUAUCCAUAUUUGUAGCUUUAGGGUAAUUUUUCCUAAGGAAAUAGGGCAUUUCGUUUAUUUUAUCUCAUUUUCUUUCAUUUGUUUUUUGGAUCUUUUUACAAUAACAUUUAUUGUUCCUUCCAACUUUUGAUUAACUCGUUUUUUACUCUUUUGGUGCUAAGAAAAAACAUUACAUUGGACUGGGCAAGUUACCAACUAUCGCCCAAUCAUUUUAUCGCUACUCCGUUUGUAUGUUUUACCAAGGGGAGAGAAAUAAAAGGAUCUGAGAAUCAUGAUCAUUUAUCUGGACCGUCUUCAGUAGUAUUUUUUAUCCAGAUUGACUUCAGUUUGGAUUGAAUGCUGAAGCUAGGCGGACAGCAAAGUUGCUACUUUGUUUCUAAACAACAGAGAAAUUUCUCGGUCGUUAUGAGUGGAAAGUGUUUACCCUCGAAACGGGAAAUUGCCUUCUCUACGGCAUAUUGACUUACCAAGCUGAUAUUCAAAGAAAUUUGCAUAUGAACAUAUAUAACAGAAUAUAAAAACAAAGCAAGCAAGUAAUACUCAUUAAGAAAACUGCGCGAUGGCUUUUUUUCCAUGUAUUUUUGAGAUUUAGAUGUGAACAGGUGCUUGAAAUGAAAAUGCGUCAGCCGUUUAAAUGACGAAGCCAGUGGUCUACCGAAAUCGAAAUAAACUAUAAUAGUAGAUCGAAUUGACAAGUAGAAAUUUUUUUAAGUUAGUGAAACAAAGGAAAGGCAAAUUAUGCCCUUCUUGUUUAUCAAGACGGUCAUUUCAUGCGGAUUCAACAACACUGAUAACUUUUUUUAAAAAUCAAUCUCUGGGGAGCUACCCCCGCUCUAUUGAUUUUCGCGUUUAACGCGUUUCACUUUGGAUUAACUCAUCGUUUUUUUAAUUCAGUCUUCUGCUCAUAUGUUUUCUUUUUACAAAACAUAUUAAAAGAUGCUGAAUAAUGAUGUAGAUUAAUAAAUCAUGCAUGCAUCGAGUUUACUUAAAGAAAAUGUGGCAAUAAGAAAUUAAGCUAAUAUAUAUUUUUUAGUGUUUUCUUUUUUUUCGCUUAAUCCUACAUCAUCGCACCGUAUGUUUUGUUGGCCGCUGUAGAUUAGUGCUUGACUUUACAUAAUUAAUCUGUGCAGUUUAGACGGGUUGCAUCGAGGUAUGACGCAGGGUAAGAAAACGAAAGAGUAGGAAAUAAUUUAGGCUGUUUCGCUAAAUGAUCGUGACUUUAGUAGCAGAAGCCAAAUUGAGUCGUGCUUACGUACUCGACUUUCGAAACCGCAAGAACUUUAGCAGGUUCUACACGGUUAACGGCGAAAUAUGGAUUCGUAACGUUUCUCAAACGUUGUAGCUCCAUUCCUUUCACUUUUUUAAAGACCUCUCGACGUGGAAAUCUUGUGCGAAAGUGCCAACUAGUAUCCGGCUGUUUCAGUUAUGUUCAAUCUGUCUGAAUGUAAUAAGUAAGGCCUUUCAAUCCCAUCUGCUUACGUUAUUCAUCUCCGUUAAAGUGCUUAGCUGUUAAAAAUAGCCGCUAUCUAAUAUAUACCGUAGUCUCUUACUUAGUUUCUCGAUUAUAAGCCUGCUGGCCUGUCAAAAAUCAAUUAGAAUCAUUAAAAUGGCGAAGAACGGGUCUUUUUUUGUGUGUGCAGUCUUGAAUGCUCUAUCAUGGUAGAACUGUAUUUAUGUUUCAACUCUAGAAACGAAAUGCGGAAGGACUUUAACAUUUAAAUCUUUUUUAAACGUGUUUGUGAAUUUUGAUAUCGGCUGUCGAUCAUACUCACUGGCUGACUUGACUGACACUUACUUGGUGAACCAAAUAUUUGUUGAACACGUGACUAGCGCCGAGUUCAGCAUAAAUAUAGCUUUUAACUAUUAAGUUGGUGAAUUGAAAAGACAAAUACUUAAUUAAAGAGGAAAUAUUAAAAAUCGGGGGCUGAUGAAUUGUUUAUCUGAGAAUUUUGGGGUCAGGACAGAGCGGAAAGAGAAGACUGCGAUAUGAAAGCCCUCGGUUCAAUAUCCGGGACUCUUCGUUCCCAGCGUCCGUGUCGCCCGUGGUUUGCCGAAUGUGCGGGCGUGGUUCUGGUUGGUUGUUGCGAUAAAAGCGAAGUGGAGCGCCAUAAACGCGUAGAAAAACGGGAUAAAAACGUUCAUGGCGAAGUCGUGAAACACUUUAACACAUGUUUAUUGGUUAGAAACAGCGCCGAGAGUCAGAUCGCAACUAUUGGGCUUCUCGCUGUGUGA